UUUACAAUUUCUUGCAGAAAAUACUUAGGCCCAAAAUCCAAAUAGAGGGAAAGAAGAAGGAUCAAAUAUAGAAAAUAAAAUGUCUACUUCUACAGCCGUCUCAUGGCUCAAACGAGACGUCUUACUUUUUGCACACAGCAUCGGUUGCAAAGCUGAUGAACUACAUUUUCUCUACGUAAAUUUUCUUAGACUUCCUUUUUACCCUCUCCUAUCUGACUACUUUCCGCUAGGAAUUGCAUCCCAAUUUUCAAAUUUUUCCAACAUAUCCUGUCAUAUUAUGUAUAUUCUUGCCCCAAAGUUUGAAUAGAGCUCAAUGAAAGUGUUAUGAAAAGGUUUAACUGAUGAUCUCAAAGCAUUCAAAGAUUCAUCUCAAGAAGUCAUUCCUUAUGAUACAACUUUACCUCACCCACCCGUCCCUGAACUGACCCCUCGACCUCCACCACUUGAUCCAAGAAAAGUAGUUGAUGGUAUCCGCCAUCUCAAAAUCCAUAAAACCCUACCAACAACUACCGAGGGACGUAACUUUUCAAUGCGGAAAUCCAUCGUAGGUAUAUACGACAAAGGAUCUGGAACGAUUGUGCACUCGCGUCAUGAACUCAUCGACGAGUCCGAAGGGGUGUGCUAUGCUGAAGUUGACGCGCAGAGCUUUUAUGUUGGCCAGGGAGGCUGGGGUGGACCUAGAGGACCCAAAGGAAUCAAGCUUGAUACUCCGAAACGAAAACCAGACUUUGUGGUUACCGAGCAGACGGGCAAAGAAUUGAGUCUUUUGUAUCGGUAAGAGUUCCUCAUAUUGGGAUAGGUCGGCCCAAUGCCCAGCUUCAAGUAUUGCGGAACUAACUUCGUCAAGAUUGAACGGGGACUAUAACCCGCUUCAUGCUACUCCCGAGCCUGGCAAAGAUAUGGAUUUUCCAGGCGUUAUCUUGCAUGGACUUGGGACUUGGAAUAUCUCCGCGCAUGCAAUUGUGCGUACAGUCGGAAGCGGAGAUGGCAGCACUCUACAAGAGUUUCAAGCACGAUUCGCAUCACCAGUACUUCCUGGAGAUAAGCUUCUGAUUGAUAUCUGGAAUUUGGGAUUUAUUGGUGGGAAGGAAGACUUGGUAGAUGUACGGUUUUCGUGCCGUGUCGAUGGCGGAAAGGUCGUCCUAAAAGAGGGACAAGCAAUUCUGAAAGUUCCAAUAAAAGGGAGUGAAGCAAAGCCAAAAAGCAAGCUGUAGAAUUAAGGGAAUCUGUUGGCUCUAAAUUUGGGCGAAUUCUGAC